AUGACUCCGCCACGUACAGCGACAGCACCACAUAUCGAAACCGGUACCAAACCGGCCCCGGCAAAGAACCCACGUGGUCGACCACGCAAAGAUGGGCUCCCGGCAGGAUCAGUACCCAAAAAGCCCAAAACGUCAGGACGAGCGCGUGCAGAUACUCCGACGGAAAUCCAAGGACAGCCUGAGAAACGAGGCCCCGGGCGUCCACCCAAGAAGGACAAAUCGCAGGGCGCCCAAAAUCCAUCAGCGACGUCAUCGUCGUCUGAUCCCUCUCAACCAAUGAACCCCAUUCCAAGCCGUGGCCCACAGGAGGGAAGUCUCAUCGUCUCUGCGGCUGAAGAGACUUCCAAUAUACAGAUCACGGUUACCCUUCCGAGUGACGUAACUGCACGACACAGUGAGGAAACGGACAUAAGUGAACAAAGGAUUCAAGAUACUCUGACCUUUUGGGAGGAGGCCGAAAGAAACGAGGAAAUAGGUGCGGCGGCCAGUCAAUGCGAAAAGCAGAGGGAAGACGACGCAUUGGAAUUCGAAUUUGGCCUGUUCAGAAACAAUCAUGGGCAGGACUUGGAGCCAAGUCGCAAGCACGUAGCAUUCGCGGACGAAGAGGACGAAGAAGCCGAACAAGAAAUCGGAACAGAAGAGUCGAAAAGAAAAGCGGAACGUCGACGUCAGAGGAGAGAAUGUCGAGAUUACGGCUGCUAUGAAGAGGAUUGCAGAAUCGGCCAUGCAGUCAGAGCGAAUGUCGCGCGCUACAUGGUGAAUCUUGACGAGCGCACGGAGGCGUUGCGGCCCAUGGUGGUAAAGACGGAUGAUGAGGUGAUGGAAGAAGGGACAAGGCCUAUGAUUUUCGAUUAUCCCUGGUUAAUUGCACGAUGA